AAAUCUCCUCCAUGCUCCCCUAAAGAAACAUCAAAUGAUUGUGUGAUCAAUCAGCCCUGAAAGGAAUGUGGAGUAACAGAUUGUACAUCAGCAAAAUCAAGUGCCAAGCAAAACAAAGCCCUUUGCAAGGCGGGAUGUGAAGAGCAGAGGAAGACGGGAUUGCAGCAAUGUCCUCCAAGGAAACAGGCUAGCCACGUGAAAGUGCAAGUUCAAAUUGUUCCUACAAACCCAAUUUGCUGGCAAAAGUGCCAAACAUAAUACCACCCCACUUUCGUUUAUGUCCAGGGCCUUUCACACAAGCGACGGGGGGCAUCUCUCGUGGCUGUGUUGGUUCUGACUUCCAGGGUUAGCGCCUUCAUCUCAGAGCCUCAGGAAACAAGAGCCUGGCCUACAGUUGUCCUCAAUUCAUCUAUCACUCUCAGGUGGGGACACAGUAGUCGGUGGCCCAGAUAUUAAGCCCCAUAUCUCUCAGUGUGUGUGUGUGUGUUUGUGUGUGUGUGUGUCAUCUUCCACACACUCUUUACACUGACAUUUAGACUCUGCUUUAAAAUGAUUACUUUUCUUUGAAACUGGGUUUGUAACCUUCCUCAGCCAAGUGUCUGGACCACACAAACCCACUGCACAUGUGCAUGGGGACCUUGAUGCUUCCCUGAUCCACUUCUUUCAAGUUAGCUUUGGAAUGUGAUUCAGUGUUAUUUCCCUUCCAGCUGAAGGGCAGCUGAGGUUACAAAGGGAUUUGACUAAUAGGCCAAAACCUGGUUAGUUUGCUGAGAACCAAAUGACAGCAAAAAGGGAGGGGUGUGGAAAAGGAAGGGAGAGUGUUUGAAUUGUGGUCCUCAGGAUCAAGCCAACCUCAUCCUUGUGGGGGCACACUGACUGGACAAGGUGGCCCCCACCAGGCAUUCCAGAGAGAAACUACUGCUGAAUGGUCAGCGUCCCGAUUUGUUUUGUUGUUGUUGUGUUGUGUUGUUUUGUUUGCUGAGAGCUCCUUGGGGCUUGCAGAACCAGAGCCUGGGAAGCUUCUAGGCUUCCUGCACCAAGGGGAGGAGGGUGAGUCCUCACCUGACAUCCAAAUAACUGGCCUCUGGGGAACCCCUUCUAGAGUGUGGCAGAGAUGGAGCCCCACUUCUUUGCCUGAUGCCCUUCAGAGCUAAGCCACUUGACCAACUUCGACAAGCACCAAAAGCGAGUUGGAAAACAAAUCAGGAGGAAGAAGACGAAAAGCAAAUGCUGAAACCUCCAUGGCUUUUUUUCGCCCCCCUGCUGUCGUUCUAGCUGUAGCCUGGGAUUAAUUAAGUGCUGUGAACUCAGUGCCUGAGAGAGAAGGAGAAAAAAAUGCUCCCUCUCUGUAAGGAAGGAGUACGGUAACAGUUCCUCACCAGCGAGAAAGCUUGGGAAGUGCAUCGCUGUCGUGGUCGCAGUGUGUGUGCAGGAACUGGAGAGCCAGGAGACUGUGGCAGGCUGCAGGAAGCUUAUCUUUCCAAGGCUGGAGAGGAUUUCACGGGGGAUCGCCUACCCCUGCCCAGGAAGAAUUUCCCUUCUGGUGGCAGCGGCAACAGCAGCAGCAGCAGCCCUACCUCCUUUUCUGGGGAGCAGGGCAGAAUGCCUGUGCUAGAGAGGUAUUUCCACUCGGCAGAGCUAGGCAGGAGGUGGACGGCCCCAGAAGGUGCGCUGCCCUCCUCCCUCGGCAGCCGGCUGGGGUGCCAGCAGGGGCCGCUGCCCUGGGACUUUCCAGAGAUGAUCAGGAUGGUAAAGCUGGUUUGGAAAUCCAAAAGUGAACUGCAGGCAACCAAACAGAGAGGCAUUCUGGAAAACGAAGAUGUUUUCCACAGCUUUCCAGGAGAUGUACGACUAAGGGGUCAGACUGGGCUUCCUGCUGAACGCCGAGGCUCCUACCCAUUCAUUGACUUCCGCCUACUUAACAAUACAACACACUCAGGGGAAAUUGGCACCAAGAAAAAGGUAAAAAGACUGUUAAGUUUCCAAAGAUACUUCCAUGCAUCGAGGUUGCUUCGUGGAAUUAUACCACAAGCCCCCCUCCACCUGCUGGAUGAAGACUAUCUUGGACAAGCAAGGCAUAUGCUCUCCAAAGUGGGAAUGUGGGACUUUGACAUUUUCUUAUUCGAUCGUUUGACAAAUGGAAACAGCCUGGUCACACUGUUGUGCCACCUCUUCAACACCCAUGGACUCAUUCACCAUUUCAAGCUGGAUAUGGUGACCUUACACAGAUUUUUAG